AAUAAAACUUAACCAAAAAACCGAAACCAAACUGGAAUAUUAGUGUAUAAAAAAUUUCAACUUGCAUAUAGUUUUAAAGUGGUGCGUAAGCCGACGCUUAUCAAACGGAUGCCAUUGGCCAUGUUGAUGAACUUUGACUUCCACUUUGUGACACACUCAUUUCCGCGGCCCGGAUAGACUUAUCAAUGUGCACAAAAUGCACUCGACUAUUUAAUCACCAUAAAAAAUAUACAUAAAUAAACAAAUACACAAACUUGUGCAAAAAAAAACCCAAAGAACCAACGAUAACAAUGCGUCUGAGUGGCUGGCAGUUUCUGCUGCUCCUUCUGCCCUGGGGCGUGGUGCAUGCCGUCCGCCAGUUGGAGGAGAACCAGAGCUCCAAGAAUGAUAAUCUGCCCCACGUGCGACAACGUAGCAACAAAAAUAAUGCCUCGGCGGAUCAGCAUCGUCAUGUACCCGGAGUAUCUAAGAAAAACAGUCGCAGGCCGGCAAAAACCACAUCCGCGGACCAGGAUUCGGACGACUAUGUCUGGCUGGAUGCGGAUACCAGUGAGGCCAUCGAUAGCUCGGAAACAACAGCGGUGGGGUCUGUCAAAUCGUCCGGAGAUCCACAGGAUAUCUUCACAUGUUGCAAUCAGGUCUUCGGCUCAUGUCGCACAGCAUGCGAAAAUUUAUCUCUGGUGGAGUAUGAGACUGCCGCUGGCGGCGAUGGACGCGAGGAGCUGCGAAAGUAUUGCCAACUGCACCAAGUCGAGUUCUGGACCUGUGUCAACCACACAUUCGAUGCGGUCACCCGUGGAGCGGACUGGUCGGGGAGACGAUGCUGCCAGUAUGGUGUUUUGGCCCAUUGCCGGAAUGCCUGCGCCUCCUCCAAUCGCUCACCAGUGCACAGCUGCCGGCGCAGCGACGAGCAGAUGCUGUACGAUUGUCUGGAGCGUCAGGAGGCGGCAGAUCAGUGUUGCGGACAAGCCCGCACAUCGGAGUGUCUAGAGGCCUGCCGUUCGGUAUUUGAACCCUCCCAUGAUAACCAGGACCAUGUGGAUAUCAGGGGAACAUGUGGAGAUCGCAAUCUGGAUGUAAUACAAUGCAUACACAACCACACAGACAUGACACCUCUGGCCAAUGCGGAGCAAUACCUACCUUGUUGCCAGUUUAGUAACAAGGAGCACUGUCGCGAUACCUGCCAAAAAUUGCUCCAGCAGGACUCCACACGCCUGGAACGAAGCGAGGUCAUCUUCUCCAAGCUCGAGGCGGCGGGAUGUGGCAACCCUCUGCCGCAUUUCCGGUUCUGGCAGUGUUUUCUGACGGUAACGGGGAAACUAUAUGUGCCGGGAGGAAUGUCAUCCGUAGAAUUGUCAUCACAGCGACGUUUAACUGGCCGAGCGGGAUCCCUGGGUGAUUCUGCCCACCUCGGAAUGGAUGCUGCUAAGCGCCAGUGCUGCGACCAGGCCGGCAGCCACAAGUGCCGGAGGCUGUGUAAUCAGUUCUACACCAGCAACUGGUGGGAGGCCCAGACGAACUUCGAAAACGACUGCCUGGAACAGCCGGGCGAGAGGGAGCUGCGAAGGUGCAUCGAAAGCGUGGACGCACCCUGUGAACUGGGCUGCCAGGGACUCAGUUUCUGCACCAGCUUCAAUAACCGGCCCACGGAGCUCUUCCGGAGCUGCACCCCGGAACACGAUGCCGCUGCUAGGGAAGAUCUGCGACUGUUGCAGCAGCGCGGAACCGUCAGGGUAUUGGGGCAGGAGCUCUUUAUCAAGAACACUAGCCGGUGUGCUCCCGAAAAAUGGCAGGCUCUAGUCUGUGCCCUUCAACUGAAGCCCUGCACGCGGGAGGGACUCUUCAAUGGAAUCUGCAGCGAAGACUGUCAUGAGCUGCUGGAGGAGUGCUUGGAUUGGACCCGCCAGUUUCAGCGCCCCAAGGAUAUAUGCUCACGGUUGAAGGAAAAGGACGAGGAUGCGCCACUGCCAUGCAUUUCUCUUGAGACCUAUCUGAAGCCUGGUAGUGUCCCACCUGAGGAGUCCAAAGAAAUCACAUCACCCUGCACCAAGAAGCCCUGCAACGGCAGUGAAGUCUGCAUCCUCCAGCGCGGCGGAGCAAAGGGCUACUCCUGCAUUCCCGGCUGCAAUCUGGGGCAGGACUCCAAGCUUUAUGUCCCAUUCGGUUCGUAUGUGCGCCUGGGAAAGAGUAAUCUGCACAAAAAAAUGGAAAUUGGACAGCUACCAAUGGUGGAGCACAUUGUCUGCUCCUGUGGACUUCAAAACCAGCUGGAGCAGUGCCAACCCUUGCCGAGCUAUAGUCACGCCCACUGUACGCUUCCUGGCGGAAGAAGCUUCCGACACGGCUCCUCGUUCCACCUGGAGUGCAAUCUGUGUAGCUGCUUCGCCGGUGAGAUCACAUGCACCAAACAACAGUGCCGACUUCCUGGAUUCACAGACUCCGGCUAUACAAGCCUGCCCUGCAACUGCCCGGCGCAUUAUGUGCCGGUCUGCGGAUCCAAUGGAAACACCUAUCCCUCGGCCUGUGUAGCCAAGUGCCACCUACCGGAAGGGGACUUUGUUUAUGGCGCCUGCAAUGCCCGGAAUGCAUGCUCGGCGGGGAGUGCGCAUAGCUGUCCGCAGGGAACCCAUUGCCUGGAUAGGAGGAAGGUGUGCCUGGCCAGCAUGCAACGACCUUGCAAGCAGUAUGAGUGCGUCAACGCCACAGCAGCGAAUUGCUCAUCUUUCCAUCAGGGCGAGGUGUGUGACACCCAAGGACGUACUUAUCCGGAUGCCUGUGCCCUGUUGCGAGCCAAUCCCGAAGACCAGGUCGCCUACUGGUCAGCCUGCCAGUCGAGUCACGCUCCUGGAUCGCCUUCGCCCGUCUGUGGCAUCAACGGAGUCACCUACAAGAGCAGCUAUGCUGCCAGGGCCGAAUACGUGCUGGUGGACUAUGUGGGCAGGUGUCGGGAGGUCGGAUUACUGGCCAGCGAUAUGGGCAGGCGAUGUCGCACUGUUCAGUGCCCGGAUCCCGUGUCCAAGCACUGUCGCUUAAUCGUUCCACCAGGUGCCUGUUGCCCACUAUGCGCUGGUGGGGCGUUUCGAAUAAUGUACUCCAGGAAGCAGUUCGAUCGUGCCAUGUACGCAUUACGGGCCCAAAGCAGCAACCUUCUGACCCUCCAUGGCGUUCUCCAGGAGCUGGACGGACUGGUCCAAGUGAGCGAAUGCCAGCUGACCGGAUUCCUUACCAUGGAAGUGGGUAUCUUUGCCGCCCUUGUGCCAUCCAGCAGCAUCAGAAGACCAACGCGCAUUCAACUGGACGCCUGCGCCCGUGAAGCCGAGAAGAUAUCGGCCCUGAUAAACGCCCAAUCACCCAGGAUAACCACUAAUCUGGCUCUGUCCAGCCUGACAGUGUCCCAUCUGCUAGAACCUACACCAAAUGGAGCAGCUUCCUAUGGUCCUCCGGCCAUAUGGGUGCUCCCAUUACUUUUGUUAGCUUUUAGAUUAAUCGUAGACCAGUAGGUUAGUUUAAGGAGGAGCGUGUAUAAUCAGACUCAAUCAAGUGAAUUCUUGGUGCCAAUCAAUCAGUUAGUGUAAGGAGAUGGAAAGUGCCUUCAGCUGUUAGGAAUUGACCCCUCUAUACCAUGUGAUAUUAGCUAAAUUAAUUGUUUAGCCUUAAGUGUCCUAUUUUUAGUUUCUAGCUUACUUUCGCCGGGGACUGUUAAGUUUAUUCUCCUUAUAGUCACUUGGAAAAGAACACUUAUUACGUACAGUCUCCCUCUUCAAACAUUUUAGUUUGUUGAAAAAGUUCAUAUUAUAUAUUAAUUGUUGUUAAGUAUAAAGUCCCUGGUUUAUGCUCGUUGAAAACCAAAGCAGCGUCCAUCUAGGAUUACCGCUAGUCUAAUAAAAAUAUCAAACUUAAAUAAAAACACUUACACAUUUUGAAGCAA